CUUCUCCACUUUUGGCUCACAUUAUUUUUUACGAUAUGCUGUUCCUCAUUCCCAGCAAGGUGCUUUGCUAAACAAGACACCUUCAGGAAGAAGUAAGAAAAUAAUCUGUGUGAGAGCCUUUUUUCUCCACCUAUCUCACUCCUUUCCUGUCUUUUUAGCACACACAGGCAAACUCUCUCUCACACACACACAUACCUUGGACCUCAAGCAACUGCUUUCCUGGACUUGACGACUGAAUACAGAAUAUUUCUAUCUGUCUUUUCGCAAAAUAUUCUAAAACACUUAAGGGGAAAGACUGCGGUUGACUUUAAGAUAUUUUUUUUCUGUCCAACCACUGAAUAUCUGGCAUGAUUAGUUAAGAUUCAAUUUUUCGUUUUCAAACGAAACAAAAUAAGGGGAUAAGUGGAAUAUCUGCUGCUGGUCUCUGAGAUUGAACAGAACCAUGUCUAAACCUGUUGAUCAUAUCAAGAGACCUAUGAAUGCCUUCAUGGUAUGGUCUAGGGGGCAAAGGAGGAAGAUGGCCCAGGAAAACCCAAAAAUGCACAAUUCGGAGAUAAGUAAAAGACUGGGGGCUGAAUGGAAACUUCUGUCUGAGAAUGAAAAGAGACCAUAUAUAGAUGAAGCCAAAAGGCUUAGAGCUCAGCACAUGAAGGAACACCCUGAUUACAAGUAUAGACCGAGACGUAAACCCAAGAAUCUUCUCAAGAAGGACAGGUAUGUCUUUCCUCUGCCCUACCUGGGGGAUCAUGACCAUCUUAAAACAGGACUUUCCAUGAGUGCCACCGACUCCAUCCUUGGGGCUUCUGAGAAGGCAAGAGCAUUUUUGCCACCAACAUCAGCACCUUAUUCUCUACUGGACCCCAGCCAAUUUAGCUCCGCCGCCAUUCAGAAGAUGACUGAGAUGCCUCACACCUUGACCACUAGCGGUCUUCCCUAUGCCUCCACAUUAGGAUACCAGAAUGGGGCAUUUGGUGGCUUAAGUUGCCCCAGCCAACACACUCACACCCAUCCUUCCCCUACCAACCCUGGUUAUGUUGUGCCCUGUAACUGUACAGCAUGGUCUACAUCUAACUUGCAGCCUCCAGUUGCCUACAUAUUGUUUCCUGGCAUGACUAAGGCUGGUAUAGACCCUUAUUCUUCUGCACAUGCUACAGCCAUGUAAGAAGGUUUUGCAAGAAAAAAAAAGAUCUAAACAUUAAUGGUGCAUGUACAGAGUGACUGACAAAUAGGACGCGAAGACGAAAGCUGGAGCAAACAAAACACUUGGACCAAUUUACCUGUGUAAACCUGACAAAAUUAUGCACUUAUUUCUCAAGGGCACAAUCCACAAAAACCCCCCAUUAUGCCAUGAGGAUAACUGGAGGUUGUUGCCAGGACAAAUUGUAAGAAUUGUACAUUACCACUUUUUUUUAUCCUCAUAUUUCUGGACAAUGCUUAUUUAUUCACUUUAAUGUGUAUCAAUUUGUCUUUAUUUCUUUGUGGUUUCGACAUUGACAUUUGAAGGAACUGGUUUUAAAUGAUUAAUUUUAUUAGUAUUAUUGCUUAUCAUACUCUCUUUUGCACAUUUGUUUGUGGGAAGGAAAAGAUGCAGUAGGUGUUAGAAAUGUUACCACGAAACUUGUAUUUUCUGUCAAAAUAAUUUAGAGCUUAAAGCUUUAAUAUAUUAAGGAAUAAACUUGGAUGUGUUUUUUUUCUAAGUUUUAGUAAUAACUUAUUGUUUAAGGUCCAUAUAAUUUGUUUUAAAAAAAAACUUCGAUCUGAGCCAGAUAGUUUUUAAAGGAAAAAUAUUACUUCAAGGAAACUCAUCAUAUAUUGGGUGAAAUGACUGUCAUUUUAAUUCGUUUUAUUAUUUUUACGCUGAUCAUUUUUUUAUUUGUUUUGCUUAAAAAUAUUUCAAAUAAAGACAUUUUUGUCUUUACAAAGUGUACAGCUUUGAAUCUUAAGAAAAAUAUAUAAAUUACCAAAAAAAUAAAUAAAAUAAAAAAACUUCCAAAAUA